AUGCCACAUGCACCGAGGUCUUCUGCAAGCUGUGCCAAGAUGCAAACCAAACUGAGCGCCUGGACUCCUCUGAACCAUCCGCCGGCCAACAGGAAGGUGUUUGAAGAGAGGCGAAUCCUUCUGGGAAAGUGGUUUGACAGGUGGUCUGACAGCCAGAGGAAGGCAGUGCUGCAGGACUUUGUGCUGAGCUGUUCGGUGGAUCAACUCCGGUUCCUGAGCCUCAGUGUGAGCCGACGGCUCCCCCUACAGGCCGCAGACUUCACCUGCUUGCUGCCCAGAGCCCUCUGUCUCUACAUCUUCUCCUUCCUCGACCCUCGCAGCCUCAGUCGAUGUGCCCAGGUGAGCUGGCACUGGAGGAGCAUCGUGGAGCUGGACCAGCUGUGGAUGCCCAAAUGUCUGAGGCUCGGCUGGUUCAUCAGCUUCUCCCCGACACGCUUCGAGCAGGGCAUCUGGAAGAGACACUACAUCCAGACAGUCCAGGAGCUGCGACUGAGCUCACUGCAGACUGCCUCGUCCCAGCAGCAGUUUGUGGUUUCAGAUGUUGCAGACGUCAGCAGCAGACAUGACGAACCCUCAGAUCUGCUCUUAAUGGAUGAAGAACAUCCAGAAUCCACCACUCAGAGACCUGGAAGCAGCUCCAGGUUAGGAUUACGAAAAGAGAAGCAGCUCCCACCAUGGAGAGACUCUGACAGACAUCCCAGAGACACACUACGGUUCAACUACCUGGACAACCUGGACCCCAGCGACCAGGAGCUGAGAGUGCAGAUGAAGAGCAGAGCCUCCACCUGCUGCAGCAACCCGAUGAAGGCAGACGACGGGGAGAGGAAAACACUGUCUGAGGCGAAUUACAAACUCCGCAAAGCCAAAUCGCUGAUGUUCCUCAGCUCCAACUGCAGACCCCACCAUAUCCCAUCUCCUCCUCCUCCUCAUCAUCAUCAGACCCAAACCCGCCCCCAGUGGGCAUCUCAAACUCCAGACCACCCUCUCACCAAGCAGACCACCAGCGACCUGCUCUGCCUCGUCCAGUGGAACGCUGGGAUGCGUCCGAGGCCGGUGAGGCCUCCGGUGCCCCAGCUGAGUGUGGAGGCGCUCAGGGCGUCCCAGCGCUCCCACAGGAGCGUUCCCAGUACUCCACUGUUUGAGUUUCAACCCUGGACUGUUUCUGCAGCACACCAACAUGAGAGGAAGUGAAGUCUAUC